AUGGUACUUUCCAUUGCUCCCGAAUCUGAUUUCCCUCUAAUAUUCCUCAUUCCAGAUACUCGUGAUAGAAAUCGAUCCCUACAUCCAGUGACACCGUCGUUCCAGAAUUCGACAAACUCACCGCGUACCCUAACCACAUUCAACACCAUUCCUAAUAGCACCUCACAGUCUGCAUCGCAUCCCAAUCUUCUUCCACCCACUCAAGGUAUGUGGCCUAUACCGAACAAUUUGGCAAUGGCAUUGGCUGCUGCCACUUCCUCUAAUGUUCUCUGUCCAUCGUCUGUAAGCCCACCUGGUUCCAACCCCGCACCAUCGAUGGGUACACAAAUGUUAUCGAACCCCUUAUUCCGUUCCGGCCUUCCGGACGUUUCCCUUUUAUCCACUUUACUUGCUGCAGGCAAAUUAUCUCCGGCUCUUCUUGCUGCACUGUCCACGGCGACUGGAAAUGCAUCUGGCUCCUCGUUCAAUGUGGGCGAUUCAACUCGCUCGGCGAAUAAUAACCACCCUUCUUCCGGUGGAGCUCAUUCACGUCACCAUCACUCGAACUGGCGCUAA